AACACUGUUGACAGUAAAGAUGGCGAGCCCCGUGAUAACAACAUGUCAUGUAGCGUGUUGUGCUAACCGGACCCCACACGUUCUCUCAUGGAGCCGCAGAGGGUUAAUCGCCUUCGGGUCGUGUAAUUCAGUUGCGCUGUAUGACCCACAUGACGUAAGGGUGGUUGGGUUGCUGAAUAAACACAGAAGCAGAGUGAACACGGUGCGCUGGAUCCACAGGGAGGACUGUGGUCCAGAAACACAGCUGGUAUCAGGAGGAUCUGAUAAUAAUGUAAUAGUGUGGGAGGAGCAACAUGGUCAGUUUGCCGCCUCUGUGGUGUGUUCAGGCCACUCGGGUCCUGUGUGUGCUGUGGAUGCCGUACCGCUGUCUCCCUCCGACUCACUGCUCGUCUCUUCAUCAUCAGACUCCACUGUUAAACUGUGGAAGUACAGCAGUGGAAAAGCUGAAUGCCUCCAGACGUUAUCUUUUGGGAGCGGCUUCAUGAUGGAUGUCUCCUUGGCACUGUUGCCAAGCAGCAGAGUUCCCAUCCUGGCAUGUGGUGGGGAUGACAGCAAAGUCCAUCUUUUUGUGCAGAUCAGUGGACAGUUUCAGAAAGUGCUCGUACUUCAAGGCCAUGAGGACUGGGUCCGUGGUGUGGAAUGGGCAGCAAAAGAGGGGGAGUUACUUUUGGCCAGUUGCUCUCAGGAUUGUCUGAUCCGAGUGUGGAGGCUGGUGGUUAAGUGCGACACGCAUGCAGAGGAGGCUGCUGAAGGAACCAUUAGGAUGAAGGAGGACGUGUUUGAGACGAAGGGGAAAAUGUACGCAGUGAGUCUUGAGACGGUAUUAGCUGGCCACGAGAACUGGGUGUACGGGAUUCACUGGCAGCCUUCAUUUAUCAAAGGUGGUACACUGGAACAGCCUUUGAGUCUGCUUUCUGCCUCUAUGGACAAGACCAUGAUACUUUGGGGGCCAGAGGAGGAGUCAGGUGUGUGGGUGGAGCAGGUGCGUGUGGGAGAGGUGGGAGGAAACACACUAGGCUUCUUUGGCUGUCAAAUGGCACCCGAUGGCUCCAGGAUUUUGGCACACGCCUUUCACGGAGCGCUGCACCUCUGGCAAAGAGACCCAAGCCAGAAGAGAGAGUGGAGUCCUGCAGUGGUGUUGUCUGGACACUUUAAUGCCGUGCAGGACUUGAGCUGGGAUUCAGAGGGAGACUUUCUCCUUAGCGUGGGCUCAGACCAGACUACCAGAAUCUUUGCACCCUGGAGAAGGAAAGACUGCUCACAGGUCACCUGGCACGAGAUCGCCAGGCCACAGAUCCACGGCUAUGACAUGCAGUGCCUGGCCAUGGUGGGCCGAUUCCUGUUUGUCUCUGGAGCAGAUGAAAAAGUGCUGCGCGUGUUCAAGGCGCCACGUAACUUUGUGGAAAACUUCGCCAACAUAGUGGGCACCUCUCUGGAGAAACUCUUGGCCUCACCUGAUGCUGCAGGAUUACCAGAAGGAGCCAGCAUACCAGCACUCGGCCUCUCUAAUAAGGCUGUGUUUCAAGGUGAUCUUACGGUUCAGAGCACUCAAGAGGAAGGAGAAGAUUUCAACAGAGUAUCUGACCAGUACAAGGAAUCUUACUUUCAUCCUCUCAGUUUAACAGAACCCCCUCCUGAGGAUCACCUUCUUCAGAACACGCUGUGGCCUGAGGUCCAGAAGCUGUAUGGUCAUGGUUUUGAGAUGUUCUGUCUGGCGUCUGACUCUGCACGAACAGUGGUCGCAUCAGCGUGUAAGGCAUCUAAAGCAGAGCAUGCUGCUAUCCUGUUGUGGAGCACCACUACCUGGAAACAGCUACAAGCUCUUCCAUGCCACAGUCUGACUGUCACUCAGAUGGCAUUCUCUUCAGACUCGCGCUUGCUCCUUGCUGUGUCCCGAGACCGCACCUGGUCAUUGUGGAGACGUGAGGACAGCGGACCAGAGACAUCAGAUCCAAAGUUCACGCUUUACACAUGCACCAGUAAGGACUCAGCCGUGCACACGCGCAUCAUUUGGUCAUGUGACUGGAGCCAGGACAAUAAAUACUUCGUUACAGCUAGUCGGGAUAAGAAGGUUAUAAUGUGGGGUCACCAUGGCUCGGGAGAUCCGGUCGGCAUGAAUGAGAGUGCAGUUAUUCCCUGUUCUUCUGCUCUGGAUGUGGGCGAUUCAGCCACUGCUGUGUCUAUCUGCCCUUUCCUUCUGUCUGACCAAAGCUACCUUGUAGCGGUGGGUCUGGAGAGCGGACAAAUCGUUCUGUAUAAAUGGAGACCAGCGGACGAUGUGUCUUUAGGAUCAGACUGGAGCAGGUGUGCCGAAACAGAUGUCUCACAAAGUCACACCCUGGUGGUGAAGAGACUGCGCUGGAGGCCCCGAGUCUGUCAGCAGGAUGAGAGUGAAGGCUUGAACAAGCAGCACCAAAGCACCUCCGUUCAGUUAGCCAGCGCUGGAGCUGACCACACCGUCAAAAUUUUCAACAUCAACACACUGACUUUGUAGCGGUUUCUCGUCUAGCAGUCCACUCAGACCCUUCAACAUCAGUCAGUAGUCAUGCAUCAGACCCAAAGCUGAAAUGUGGGGUGCUUCUUAAGAUAUGGCACUAAAUCAAUACAGAAGAUGAAAUGUUUGUACUAUAAAGCCAAAAGGUACAGUCUGUUGUGCUAUACAGUGUAUCUGCAAACUCAUCUGAUUUUUUUAUUAUAAUAAAAAUUGUUUUCUAACUGUCUACA